AUGAGUUUUAUAGAUGAAUAUGAUUUAGAUAUGUAUAAAAAUAUUGUUAUGGCCAAUAACUGUAAAGAUGAAGAAUUAUUAUGUAUAUUUAAUACUUCAAGUUUUUUAAAUACAAUAUGUUUUUUUAUUUUCGUUAUUAUUUUUUUAUGGGCCUUGGCCAUACUCUCCAGGUUUUAUUUAUCAUAUAAUAUUAUGAAGUAUCUAAAAAACAGAAAGGCCAUUUAUAUGAAGAACAUGUCGAGAUAUAUCGACGACAUAAAAAUGCUAUGUAGAAGCCAUGUAAACGAUAUCAUAAGAAUAAAAAAGAAGAUUACUCCAAGACAUGUUGAGAAAAUAAAUUUAAAUAUCAGUAUAAAUAACAAUAUACAACUUUUUAAAAACUAUUUAAGUUCUAGUAGUAAUGAUUUAAAUAAUUUUUAUAAAUAUUCUAUAUCAUUUACAUUUUCAUCAAAAAAUUGUAUAUAUAUUAGACUUUUUUUUGGUGUGUUACUAGAAGAAAUAAAUGACAUGAUAUAUAAUAAAACAGAAUUAUAUAGGAAUUUAAAUUAUGAUAGAGAUGAUGAAAAUAAUAAAAGUAUGAAUUAUCGUAAUAGUUUAAAUAAUAAUAAUACUGUUAUAUGUAUAGAUAAUUUUAAAAACUUUUUUAGAGAAGGAAUUAUUAAAACACUACCAAGUAAUAAAAAAAAUUCAUCUGAUGCAACCACAUUUUUGCUAGAUAAUGAAAAAAAUGAUUUUUUUAUUACUAAUGAAAAUUAUAUGGAAAAUAUUAUUGAUUUUCAUUCAUGUUAUUAUAAAACAUCUCAAUCAUUCUAUGCAAGUGGUACUGAUAUGACAUAUACAAUGCCAUAUGAUGAAAACUUUUGUGUAACAGAUAUUUUAAAUCGUAUAGAAAAGGAAAAAAAUCACAAAGAUGAAAAUAGUAGUAAUAAUAAUAGUAAUAAUAGUAAUAAUAAUAGUUAUCUUAAUGAUGAUAAUAUAUAUAAUAAUAAUAAUUUAUAUAAUCAUAUAUAUAAUAGUGAUAAUCUUAUGCUUAAUAACAAUAUUGCUAGUAGAACAUAUACAAAUAACCAACUAGAUUCAACAAAUAAUAAUAUUUUCUUAUUAAAUGAACAUAACAAUAGAUAUAAAAACAAUAAAGUCUUCCUACAAAAUGAAAGCAAAAUUUUUAAUAAUACAAAUAUUGAUGAAAAUAUAAGAAUACCACUAAUCAUAGUUUUAAAUGACGUACCACCUACUGAUGAAUAUUAUGGAAAUAAAGAAAAUAUAAAGAAUAAUUAUAAUAAUAUAAACACAAGAACAAUAAAUACCACAACAACCACAACAACAACAACAACAACUACUACUACUACUACUAGUAGUGGUAAUAAUAAUUGUAAUACACUCAUUGUAUUAGUAGGAUUCAAAAAAAUGAAAGAUAAAUAUAAACCAUAUAUCAUAAAAGAUAUAUCCGUUUUAAGUUAUAACCUUUCAGACCAAUAUGAUAAUUUAAGAAAAAAAAAAAAAAAAAAAAAAGAUAAAACUACAUCAUCAAAUAAUAAUAAUUAUUAUAAUAAUCAAGUAUAUCAAUUUGUAGAUAUUCUAGAUAUAUAUGGACAUGAAGAACAUGAUAAAGAAUGCUUAAUAUGUAUGACAUCUUAUAAAGAUACCUUACUAAUGCCAUGUAGACAUUCUUCUUUUUGUUAUGAUUGUAUGAAAUCUUUAAGACAAGAAAAAUGUCCUAUCUGCAGAUGUCUAUUUACAUCCUUUAUAAAAUUUCCUUUAAAAAAUGUUGAGCGGCUUGAUACUUAA